CCACCAACGGACGGUCCAGAUUGAUACAUGAGCUCAACCACAUUCAUGUCCGAACACGCGAAGAUUUUCCCACUCUCAUGAAUGGCUUCUUCUCCUUCUCUACUCUCAAUUUCCCUUUCAAUCCCUCUCCAUCUCUCCCCCCAUCUCAUCCUUCUUCCAAAACCCUACAUCCCUUCCCAAUCUCCGAACCGCAGGAUCUUCACACGAUCCAAUCAUCAACGGCCCGAUUUUCGCCUUUCCUAUCGAUUAUCGACCGUUCGCUCAUUCGAAGAAUCCGACGGCGACGAUUGCAACUUCGAUCAAGCGGUUUCGCUCUUCAAUAGCAGGGAUUACUACAAGUGCCAUGAUUUCCUUGAGGAUCUCUGGAACAGAGCGGAAGAGCCCCGGCGCACUUUAAUCCACGGGAUUCUACAGUGCGCAGUGGGGUUUCAUCACCUCUCUAACCAGAACCACCGAGGAGCGAUGAUGGAGCUUGGGGAAGGUCUUUGUAAGCUCCGGAAGAUGAAUUUCACGGAAGGGCCAUUUCAUCAAUUCGAGCAAGAGAUAUCCGCAGCCCUUGAUUUCAUUUAUCAGACUCAGCUCGAACUUGCUGCCUGUACUGAUGAUUUCUGCCUGGCGAUGGACGGAUCAGAGAGAUCAUACCAGCUGCUAGGCAGCUUUGCUGCUGGGCAGCAUCUUUAUAGAUUAGAAAGCGAUCCGGGUAGUGACAAUCUCUAUAUUGCUUUCUUCCCUGAGGGUCCUUACAACUCGCAUAAACCAGCAAGAGUGAAGGUUCCUACUCUUCAUGCAACAGAAGAACAUCUAAAGGCCUGUGAGUAUGAUUAAUCUUGUAAGAUCUACUCAAAAUAUCCUUGUUCAAUUUUAAGUACACGCUCGUUCAUGUAAAUUUCUGUAAAUUUUUGGAUUGGUGGAAACCAAAACAUAGAUAUGAAAUACCAAAUGUCACAACAGAGGAAAGGAGAAUGUGUGGAAAAGAAUCUAUGUUAUUAUAUUUAUUUUAGC